AUGCCUUACCUUCUGGACAGCCUAUGCACCAUCACUGGAGUUUUCUACGAGCAUGCCAAACGGCAUGGUGACAGCUCUACCCUGAAUAAGAGGGAGAUGAAGAGACUUCUCCUGAAGGAGUUCGCCGAUGUGAUAGAGAAUCCUCGUGAUCGCAAGACGGUUGAGCUGACCUUCCAGAUGUUGGACACCAAUGGAGAUGGCUUGGUGGACUUCAACGAGUACCUGCUCCUCAUCCUCAAAGUGGCUGAGGCAUGCUACACUCCCCUGAAGCCAAGACAAGACCUUGGGAAAAUAGAAAGAACCACAGCUGAGUGUGGAGGAGAACAACGACAAAACAACAGGAACCAAGUAGAGGACAAUGCAAGGACAGGAAGAAGCAUCCGUGAGAGAGGAGAUUCUGAGCAGAGAUAUCUUCCUCCAACUGAAGGUACUGAACGAGGGCAAGAGAGACGAAAUUGUCAUGCACUGGAGCCAGAGACACCAGUGGAUGAAAGGAGUCACCAAGAUCUUGAAAGGAGAGAUCAUCGUGGGAGAAAUCGUCCAUCCCAUGAGCCUCAGGAAGUGGAAGAUGGCCAAACAUACUGGUAUGGACAACAACAAAAGACUGAAGCAUGGUAUCAUCAAAUAAGACAGAGGGAUCCACCAGCUGAAGAGGAUUGUCAGCGCUGGUCACAGGAUGUCCUCCCAAGAAAUGAAAGGGAAAGACAACGUGAUGAAAGACAACACCAAGAAGUGAGAACUGAAAGGAGGGACAAUUAUCCAGAAGACAUGGAAACACAAUAUGAAAUUGGACCCCAUGAUACUGAAGGAUGCAUAGAUGAUGAGCAACGGGGUCAAAUUUGUAGGCAUGAUCCACUGGGUGAAUAUGACUCAUUACCCAGAGAAGAUAGGAGAACAUCUUGGCUCAAUGAUUCAGAAUGGGAGCAGAGGAGAAAUGAGACACAUGAGAGUGAACGCAGGGCCAGAACUAGUGAUCCUGAAUGGAGAAGCGGGCAUAGAGCAGACCGACAAGAUGAGCCUGAAUUAGGGCAAACUGAGAGGAGGAGAAUCCCCAUUCGUGAUCGAGAUGAGUGGACCCCAUCUUAUGCAUGUCAACCAAGAAGAAGGGAAGAAGAAGAGGACCAUCAAUGGUCAGACAGCAGAGAGAGAGAACAGAUUAGGAGCCAUUCACAUCAGUCUGAACCCAUGGAUAGUGAGAGGAGACCUCUCAAUUCUUAUGAGUCUGAGACCAGAGGUAGUGAGAGGAGAAGACCUCAAGGGGAGGACAUAAGAAGGCAGCAGUACCACCAGAACGAAGUAAUUGAAAGGAGGACGCCCAGGCCACUUGAGUCUGAAUCUGCUGACUGUGAGCAAAACAGGCCUCUGAUACAUGGACAAGAGGACAAUAAACCAAGAGAGCAAUAUUACGAAGAAGAAUCCCAGAGAAGACAAAGUCAAUGGAGAAGGACCCAGAUACAGGAUCCUGACCCCAAGGAGAGUGACUACAGAAGUUGUGAGAGGGAGAGAUCCCAGCUAACGGAGCCUCAGACCAGACGCACAGACCAAGACAGGUCCUGUGCCUCAGAUGGAAGUCCAAGAGAUCACUAUCAGAAGAGGCAACAGGGUGACAGGCCAGCACUAACGCAACAAAGGGAUAAUGAUCAGAGAAACAAUGAGGCAAAUAGGGGUGUUCAGAGGCAAGAGUGGAGAUAUGAGGUGGUCCCAAGAUAUGGUGGAUUACAAAGACAAUCCCCCAAACUUCACAUUUACAUUGAUGAUUUUGGCCAAAGGCACAGUGAUGACCAAAGAGAUGAUGAACAGAUAUGGAGAUCCCCUCCAUUUCGCCCUCCUACUUCAGACGUUGAGCAAAGGAGAAGGGAGGCUCGUGAUGUUGACCCAAGAGAUAGUGAUCAGCAAAUGACAACUCCCUUCUGUGAUCCUUUUUCAAGAAAUGUUGACCAAAAGCAAACCCAAGAACGUUGGCUUGAUGCAAGAGAUGAUGAACAACAGAAGAGAACCAAUAUUGAAAACAGAGAUUUUGAUCAGAGACAAACACAGAUACGAGACUUUGACAAAAGAGGUGAUGAACAGCAAAGGAGACAAUCAAAUUCUGUUGACACAAGACAUCGUCAACAGGAAAGGAGAUUUUCCUCUCACAACACUGAAGACAACAUUGCUAACCAGAGAAGAGGCCAAACACACGAGUUUGGCCAAAGAGAAGGUCAUCAUCAAGGGAGAUCUUCCUCACACAAUACUUGUGAUACGGAUAUUAACCAGGGGCAGCCAAGAACAUACAAUUUUAAUCCAAGAUAUGAAGAGCAGGAGAGAGGAACCUCUCCAUAUGAUGCUGAGGGUACAAACAUUAACCAAAGAAGAAUGCAGACACAAAACAUUGGAUCAAGGGAUAUUAAACAAGACAGCAGAUUCCCUUAUGCUGGAGAUGUUGUCCAGAGACGAACUCCCAUCCAAGAUGACAUUCGCCCAAGAGAUGGUGAACAACAGAAGGAAAGACCAUCAUGUAACACUUAUGACCAAAGACAGUCAAGAAUACACAACACUGAUAUAAGGAAUGAAGAGGAAGAGUGGAGGAACCCUUCACAAGAUUCUUAUGAUAUUGAUGCUGACCAGGUUGGUCAACAAGAUGAUGAACAACAGAGGAGAACUAACACCGAGGACAGGGAUGCUGAUCAAAGAAGAAUCUGGGUAUGCUACAUUGACCCAAGAGAUGAUGGACCACAGAGAAGAUCCUCUUCACGUGAUACUUAUGCUAGAGGUGUUGAUGAUAGAAGAACUCAGACCCAUGAAGAUGACCAAAGAAAUGAACAACAGAGGUGGACCCCUUCACGUGACAGCUGUGCUAAAGAUGUGGAUCAAAGGCAGUCAAGACCCCAUGCUGUUGACCCAAGAGAUGGAGAUCAGGAUAGGAGAGUUCUUUCCCAUGAUAUUGAGGGUAGAGAUGUUUGCCAUAGAAGAACCCAGACAUAUGACUCAAGGAAUGGUGAGCAGCAGAGAAGAACCCGUUCACAUACUUAUACUACAGAUAUUGAGCAGAGACAACCAAUAACAUAUGAUGUUGACCAAAGAGAGCAAUGGAGGAGAACUUCCACAUGUGAUGGUAAAGAGAUUAACCAAAGAAGGAUCCAGAUACAUGAGUAUGACCCAAGAGAUGGUGAGCAGCAAAGGAAUACCACUUCACAUGACACUUUGACUGGAGACUUUGACCAGAGAAGAACACAAGGGACUUACAGAAGGGAUGAUGGACAGCAGAGACAGACUAUUUCAUGUGGCCUUGAGGGUAGACAAAUUGACCAGAGGAGAACCCAAACAAAUCCAAGGGAUGAUGAAGAGCAGAGGCAACCCCGUUCACGUGCAAGAGAUGUUGACCAGAGAGGAACAUAUGAGGUUGACCCAAGAGAUGGUGGACAACAGAGGAGAACACCUUCAUGUGAUCCAUAUGUUAGAAAUGUUGACCACAGACAAACCCAGAUACAUGAUGAUGACCCAAGGGAUGCUGAUCAUCACAGAUGGUCUCAACCAGAAGACACUGAACGAAGGGUUAGUGAGCAGAGGGGAGCCCAAGCACCUGACACUGAUACAAGGGAACAAGGGGAAGACAAGCCAAGUUGCAUUGUCCCAAGAGAAGAUGAACGACAAAAAAGAACAACUUCACACAACGUUGAUGAAAGGACUCGUGAUCAUAGGAGAACCCAGAUUCAUGAGGUUGGCCUACUGAAUGGCAACCAGCAACAGAGAAACUCUUUAUGUGGCAUUGAUGUUACAGACAGGAGAACACAGAUAAAUGAAGGUGGCCAAAGAGAUGAAAAUGAGCCAAGGAGAACAACUUAUGUUAGAGAUGCAGACCGGAGGCAAACCCAAAGACCUGAGGUUGACCCAAGGCUUGGAGAAGAGCAGAGGCAAAUUCAAUCAUGCAAGACUUCCAUAAGGGAAGAUGAACAAGAGCCAACCCAGGCACACAAUGUUGACCCAAGAAAUGAUGAUCAAGAGAGGCAAGUACCAUCAGGUAGACCUAAACAAAGAGAAAGGGAGCAGAGACAAACCCAAGAACAUGAGAUUGAUACAAGUGAACCAAAGGAAACUGAGUCAUGUGGCAGUGAUCCAAGUCAACAGCAGAGGAGAAAUCUAUCGCAUGAACCUAGGACUCAAGAUGCUGACCAGAGAUCCACAAAGCCAUCUGAGGUGGAUACAAGAGAUCCUGAGAAGCACAGGGAUAGCCAAGUAAGGAAGAGUGGCCAGAGAAGGACAGCACAAACCGAUAAGGUUGACUCAAGAGAUGGUCAACAUCAGAGAUCAUCAAGAAACACAGAAGAAAGGUCCACUGACCAAAUAACAUGCCCUCAACCUGGUGACACUGACGUAUGGGUUAGGGAGGAGGAGGUAACCCAUGAGUCUGGAUCUAGAGACCGUAUUCGAAACAGACAAGGACAGCAAGCAUCUUGGCCUGCUCAAUCUGGCCACAUCCAGCAGGAAGGUGAGGUUGCAUCCAAAAGACGGGAGACAAAGACACAGCAGAAACUAGAGCUUGGAGCCACCAGAGAUAAGACAGCUUCCUCCUUGCCUUGUGGCCCUCAGAGCAUUGAGGGAAGUACAGGGCAGGAAGCCAACUCAGGUGCGAGAACAGUCGAUGAGCCUGAAGCAGCUCAAUAUGAAGAUGGAGAGCCACCUGGUACCUCAGAGAAACAGGAGCCAGUGGUUCAGGAAGGAGAUAACAACUGCCCUGGUCCAAGAGAGCAACCAUCAGAGGAGGGCGGUGAAGAAGCUCAGCUGCCGUUGGAAGAAGAAGAGGAGAGCCACAUUGGCACAGAACGGCCACGGCAGGGAGCUGAGAAAAUCCCUGGAUCACAAGAGCUUGACACCUCUCAAGGGAAGCCCAUUUUCCUGUGUGAAAAAGUCCCUCCUGUGUGCAACCCACUCUAUGAAUACCUUCUGGCUCAGAAGAAGCUGGAAAAACCCUAA